AUGGACAAUUCUAAUUUGAUGUUGCAAGAGAAUGAAAUAUUAGCUUUGGAGGCUAUUUACCCACAAGCUUUCACUUAUACAGAAACGCAAAACUCGAUUUCUCGGUAUACUGGCUCUCUCUCCAUAGAAAUCACUUUACCGAACGAAAUACGCGUAUACUUUUCAAGCCACGCCGCUAAUGGAGAGAACAUUAACCUCAUUAGCAAUAACGAGGAAACGCUAAAAAUCCGUUAUCUCCCUCCGGUAACUAUUGAUUUUUCUAUGCCAGCCUUGUAUCCCGAGGAAGAAGGAUUAGAUUUCACUGUGGAGUGUUGUUGGCUGAAUAGCAACUAUAAGCUACGUUUAAAAAAUAAGUUACAAGAGAUUUGGGAAGAAGAGCGGGAUGUUGUAUUAUAUCGAUAUGCAGAAUUUAUCCAAGAAAACGCGUUAGAAUUCUUGGGAAUUACUUUUCCCUUGAAAUUAGUAGAUGCAUUAAUAGACACAACCAGACUCAGAGACAUUAUUUGGUCAUAUAAUCGCGAUGCUUUGAACAAGGAAUUUGCCGAGAACCAUUUCGACUGUGGAAUAUGUCUCGAGAAUAAGACCGGUUCGCGUUGUAUCCAAUUGCAACCCUGUCAACACGUUUUCUGUCAAGAAUGUCUUUGUGGAUAUUUCGAGAUGCUUAUACGUGAAGGGUUUGUCACACAGGUCAAAUGCCCAGAUGUUGGUUGUAAGGCGCAAACUAUAUUGACGAAAGAAGUUUUAGACGAGAUUGUUGGCACAGAAAUGCAGGAACGUUAUGCACGGUUGAUGGAGAAAAUUGAAAUCGAAACAAAUCCGCUGAUAACAUAUUGCCCUUUGAAAACAUGUCAAAUGCCAGUUAAAAAAAGUUCUAAUUUCGAAAAGUUGUGUGUUUGUGAAAAAUGUGGAUUUGCAUUUUGUUGGAUGUGUAAGAGAACAUGGCAUGGACCCCAUAUAGCAUGCGCCAUUAACAAUGUGAAGAAUGUUGUUAAAGAAUAUUUGGCUGCUGAUGACGCCAAAAAAGCGUUAAUGAAAUUACGUUACGGUCCAAAGAAUCUCGAGAAAUUGGUGCGUGACACAUUAUCAGAGAUCGAAUCUGAAGAAUGGAUGAGAUCAAACACACAACCCUGUCCGCAAUGCGACACAUUUAUCGAAAAAUCAAUGGGAUGUAAUCACAUGCACUGCACGCGUUGUGAGGCUCACUUUUGUUAUUUAUGUGGUCAUUGGAUUAAUCCUGCGGAACCUUAUCGUCAUUUCAAUGAUCCAAAGUCUCCAUGCAAUCAACGAUUGUUUGAUGGCGCAGAUAUCGACGAACUUGAAAUCUUCGUGGAGGAUGAAGAUAUGAUUUAG